CUGGAGACAGCCACAGCCGACAUGGGCUGUUUCUGCGCUGUUCCGGAAGAAUUUUACUGCGAAGUUUUGCUCCUGGAUGAAUCCAAGUUAACCCUCACCACCCAGCAGCAGGGCAUCAAGAAGUCAACGAAAGGUUCCGUUGUCCUUGACCAUGUAUUCCGUCACGUAAACCUUGUGGAGAUAGAUUAUUUCGGGCUGCGAUACUGUGACAGAAGCCAUCAGACAUAUUGGCUGGAUCCUGCAAAAACCCUUGCUGAACACAAAGAACUGAUCAACACUGGACCUCCAUAUACUUUGUAUUUUGGUAUUAAAUUCUAUGCUGAAGAUCCAUGCAAGCUUAAAGAAGAAAUAACCAGAUACCAGUUUUUCUUGCAGGUGAAGCAAGAUGUCCUUCAGGGCCGGCUGCCCUGCCCUGUCAACACUGCUGCUCAGCUGGGAGCAUAUGCCAUCCAGUCUGAACUUGGAGAUUAUGACCCAUAUAAGCAUACUGCAGGGUAUGUGUCAGAGUAUCGGUUUGUUCCGGAUCAGAAGGAAGAACUUGAAGAAGCCAUAGAAAGAAUUCAUAAAACUCUCAUGGGUCAGACUCCUUGUGACGCAGAGCUGAAUUACUUGAGGACUGCGAAAUCCCUGGAGAUGUAUGGCGUUGACCUCCAUCCAGUCUAUGGAGAAAACAAAUCUGAGUAUUUCUUAGGAUUAACUCCAGUCGGUGUUGUUGUCUACAAGAAUAAAAAGCAAGUGGGGAAGUAUUUCUGGCCUCGGAUUACAAAGGUUCACUUUAAGGAGACACAGUUUGAACUCAGAGUAUUGGGAAAAGAUUGCAAUGAGACCUCUUUCUUCUUUGAAGCCCAAAGUAAAACUGCGUGCAAGCACCUUUGGAAGUGCAGUGUGGAACAUCAUACGUUUUUUCGGAUGCCAGAAAAUGAAUCAAAUUCAUUGUCAAGAAAACUCAGCAAGUUUGGAUCCCUGAGUAAUAAGCACCGGUAUAGUGGCAGGACAGCAUUGCAAAUGAGCCGAGAUCUUUCUAUUCAACUUCCCCGCCCAGAUCAGAAUGUGGCAAGAAGCAGAAGCAAGACUUAUCCCAAGAGAAUAGCACAAACACAGCCAGCGGGAUCAAAUAGCAUAAGUCGGGUACCUGCAAAUGUUGAGAAUGGAGAAAAUGAAGGAACAACUAAAAUCAUUGCACCUUCACCAGUAAAAAGCUUUAAGAAGGCAAAGAAUGAAAAUAGCCCCGAUACCCAGAGAAGCAAAUCUCAUGCACCAUGGGAAGAAAAUGGCCCCCAGAGUGGACUCUACAACUCCCCCAAUGACCGCACGAAAUCCCCAAAGUUCCCCUACGCUCGCCGCCGAAACCCCUCUUGUGGGAGCGACAACGACUCUGUGCAGCCAGCAAGGAGACGGAAAGCCCAUAACAGUGGUGAAGACUCAGAUCUAAAGCAAAGGAGGAGGUCACGCUCACGCUGUAACACAAGCAGUGGUAGUGAAUCAGAAAAUUCUAAUAGAGAACACCGGAAAAAGAGAAACAGAAUACGGCAGGAGAACGACAUGGUCGAUUCAGCGCCUCAGUGGGAAGCUGUAUUGAGGAGACAAAAGGAAAAAACCCAGGCUGACCCCAACAACAGGCGAUCCAGACACAGAUCUCGCUCGAGAAGCCCUGAUAUCCAAGCUAAAGAAGAGUUAUGGAAGCAUAUUCAGAAGGAACUUGUGGAUCCGUCGGGGCUGUCAGAAGAACAGUUAAAAGAGAUUCCAUACACUAAAGUAGAGACCCAAGGAGACCCGAUCCGCAUCAGACAUUCUCACUCUCCGCGAAGUUACCGCCAGUAUCGAAGGUCCCAGUGCUCAGAUGGAGAGCGCUCGGUUCUGUCGGAAGUGAACUCAAAAACGGACCUUGUGCCCCCGCUUCCUGUGACCCGCUCUUCAGAUGCCCGGGGUUCUGGGGGUGCCACGGUUCAUCAGAGAAGAAAUGGGUCUAAAGAUAGCCUGAUUGAGGAAAAAUCUCAGGCACCUACAAGCAAUCUGGCUGGAAAACAUAUAGCAAAAACAGUAAAAACUAUCCAAGCUUCACGCCUCAAGACAGAGACUUGAUCCCAGUGAGGGGC